AAUCUUAUGAGAAAUUUUAUACAGAAAUUACUAGAAAAAAUGUUCCAUAUUUCGCUGUUUACGAUUUUGAUUAUGAAAAACUUGGCGAAGGUCGUCGUAAUAAAAUUAUAUUUAUUGCUUGGAUUCCUGCGAAUGCCGAUAUUCAUGAUAAAGUCCUCGCUGCUGCAAGUAAACAAGUAUUGGGAACAAAACUUGGAAUCACAUUUCAAAUUGAGGGCACCGAAAUUAAUGAUAUUGAGUUUGAAACAGUCCUUGAUAAAGUUCGUAGACUUAAAUGA